AUGGGGCGUCAUUUGAGAGAUCGCCACAAUGGGGGCGAAAGAAGAGCAGAUCAUGGAGAAUUGGGUGAAAUAAAGGACCGUAAUGGGAUAAUACAUACCACUAGUAGAUCAUUGAGGAAAGUUAAUUAUGCAGAGGUAGAAUCCGGAUUUGAUUACUUAGAUGAUGAAGAUGGGAACAGUGAAAACGCGGAAGAAAAUACAAGAGAACCGCAGGUCGAUAAGGAAGAGAUAUACGCUGCAGAAGAGGUAGAAGUACCUAAAAAGAGACUGAAUGACCCAGAAGCAGAGGAUGAGAGUUUUCAUGAGGACGAUGGUGAAGGUGAAGCAAUGGAUGAUGAUGAUGAUUCGGAAAAUAGUGCUGAUGAUGGGUUUUAUGGGAGGAACGAUGUGAAGCGGCGACGUAGAAUGGCUGACAAGAGUUUUGUAGUAGCAGAUCCGGAUGAUGACGAUGAUAUUGACGACGAGGACGAGGAUGAGGAUGAGGAUGAUGUGGCCCUUAGGGCAUCUAGAAGACGUAGAUCGGCGCGUCAACGUGUGCGGCCAGAAACACCACCUCGACGGAUGUCUCGAAGGCUCAGAAGCAGAACUCGAAUGCAUGAUCAUGAUGAGGACGAAGUUCAUCGUCAUCACGAUCUGGACGACGAGGCCUUGUCUCUCGAAGAAGAGAUUAGAGAGUUACAGGAAGAUAGCCCAAUACGAGAGAAACGAUCACUGCGAGAAAGGACAAAACCUGUCAACUACAGGUUACCACCACCAUUGUCAGAGGCUAAUGCCGAAGAACAUGCGAACAGACAAAACACAUCAUCAUUCAUGAAUCCGUCGCCUCGUAGAGGUCGCGGAGGUUGGAAUGCAAGCCAAAAUAUGGGGCCAACACGCCGAUUGUUCCCUACAGGUGGGCCCUUUGGUGGUAACGAUGUUACAACGAUCUUUGGGCAAAACACCAAUUUUUAUAAUCAUGGACCAUCUGGCGAGAACAAUAAAUUACUCAUCGAUUCCGACUCAUCGGAGGACGAGAUUUUGCCUCUGGGUGCUACUCCAAAGCCAAAAUCGAACAGUUUAAAGAAAAAGAAGAAACCAGAGAUCGCAGAUUUGGAUCCAUUGGGAGUUGACAUGAACGUGAAGUUUGGUGAUAUUGGCGGUCUAGAUAAUUUCAUCGAUCAAUUGAAAGAGAUGGUCGCAUUACCUCUCUUGUAUCCAGAGUUAUACCAGAAUUUCAAUAUAACCCCUCCAAGAGGUGUUUUGUUUCACGGUCCACCCGGUACGGGUAAGACACUCAUGGCUCGUGCACUGGCGGCUAGUUGUUCUUCAGAGGGUCAUAAGAUAACAUUCUUCAUGAGAAAAGGCGCCGAUAUACUGUCGAAAUGGGUAGGUGAAGCAGAGAGGCAGCUAAGGUUAUUAUUCGAAGAAGCAAAAAAGCAGCAACCAGCUAUCAUAUUUUUCGAUGAGAUUGAUGGUCUAGCACCCGUGAGAAGUUCAAAACAAGAACAAAUUCAUGCUAGUAUUGUGUCAACUUUACUUGCUCUCAUGGAUGGUAUGGAUAACAGAGGUCAAGUGAUUGUAAUCGGUGCAACUAAUAGACCGGACGCAGUUGACCCAGCUCUGAGAAGACCAGGUAGAUUUGAUAGAGAGUUUUAUUUUCCGUUGCCAAACCUUGAAUCGCGUGCUCAAAUUCUAAGAAUUCAUACGAAGAGCUGGAAGACUUCACUAUCGGACGAUUUCGUAAAACAUUUAGCAUUAUUGACAAAGGGUUACGGUGGUGCUGAUUUGAGAGCUCUUUGUACUGAAGCCGCUUUAUUGAGUAUCCAAAGAAAAUAUCCACAAAUCUAUCAAAGUGAUGAGAAGUUAGUUGUUGACCCUAGUCAAGUAAAGACAAGCACUGGAGACUUUAUGCUGGCUUUGAAAAAGAUUAUUCCAUCGUCCGCUAGAUCUACGGGGAAUACGGCUCAACCUCUCCCUGAGUCACUCAAACCAUUACUGGGAAUGCAAUUCGAGGCGGUCAAGAUGAAAUUGCAAAGAAUCUUUCCUGAGGAUGACAAUCUCGUCAAAAGUAGCUCUUCCUUGAUUCAGCACUAUCUUGAAUAUGAGGAUGAUACCGAGACCAACGAAGGUACUGGUGGUUUUGCUCAUCGUGCCUUGAUCGACCGAAUCGCUAACUCCCGUAUAUGCAACCCAAAACUCCUACUUACUGGGCCAGCGGGAAAUGGCCAGCAAUACAUUGGAUCGGCUAUUCUCAAUUAUUUUGAACAAUUCAACGUUCAGAGACUUGACCUUGCGACUCUCGUUUCAGACAGUGGGAGAACGCUUGAAUCAGCGGUUGUCCAAAGUUUUCUGGAGGCACGUAAAAGGCAACCUUCGGUAAUCUUUAUACCGAAUAUCGAAGUCUGGUGCAGGGCAGUUCCGGAAUCUGUCAUUCUUACUUUGUCAACUUUGCUAAGAUCUUUGCAAGGAAAUGAAAGAGUUCUUCUUCUCGGAGUUUCAGAUACAGUACAUCAAAAUGAUCUUCUUAGUGGACCGAUUGCUCAUUUUGAGUUUGGAAGAGAAGUGCUCAAUAUAGAAGAGCCGACCUCUCAUCAAAGAAAAGAGUACUUUAGCUUCAUUGCCCAACUGCUACGGAUGAAACCGACUUCAUUUAUAACCAACAGGAAGAGGAGCAAACCACUUCCAAAGUUACCGCUAGCAAAGGAGGAUAAUAAACCUGACGAAAAUAAAGAUGAAAGUGAGCAAUCUUCAUGCGAUGCUCUUAGAAAGAAGUUAAAAUCUUUCCAGCGUCAAGACUUGCGACUGAAGAAUGUUUUAAAGAUAAAAUUAUCUGGUCUCAUGGACCUUUUUAAAAGUCGCUAUAAGAGAUUCAGGAAACCUCCAGUCGACGACGCUUUUCUGGUUCAUCUCUUUGAGCCUCAAACAGACCCCAAUUGGCAGCCAGCUUAUGUGAAGGACAAUGAUAUGAUUCUAGAGGUAGCUUCUGGUCGUCGGUUCUACAACAUGGAUCUAGACCUGAUAGAAGAACGUUUGUGGAAUGGAUACUACUCUGAACCCAAGCAAUAUCUCAAAGACAUCGAACUCAUAUACCGUGAUGCAACUACUACUGGCGAUAGAGAACGAGUAAUCAAAGCUUCGGAAAUGUUUGCCAAUGCGCAGAUGGGAAUUGAAGAAAUGUCUACAGCUGAUUUUAUCCAUGACUGCAAGGCAACUCGCCAAAGGGAUCUGGAAAGACAAGAGCUCUUCCUACGUGAUGAAGAAGUUAGAGUCGAAAAGGAAAAACAGCAGCUAAAGAAUGCAGAAGCCAAUGGGGACAUCAUGGACAAUACCGUCAGCGAGGGCGUCGCUGCAGGUUCUCAACUACAAGCCCAACUUCAAUUCAACGAUGAGGAGGAGAUUGGUCCCCAACCCGAUCAAUCACCAGACGACGACCCCAAAAAAGAAGAGAUUUCAUCUACAGCACAACAAAGUGAGGAACAGCAUCAAACCACUCCAAUGGACAAUCCCGCUACAGGGCUUCAAACUCAUUCAGAACAUAAUGUGAAUAGGAAAGAAGAGACUGUUCAAGCGGACAACAAGGAUCACGCAAGUGCCGAAGGGAGUGAUGAAGAGGCCGAAGAGGAUGAGAAAGGGGAUGCAAAAGAGUCAGAAAGUGAUUGUGAAAGGGAAAAUAGUAGAACUUCUGAGUCAGAAGCUGAAGAUGCAGACGCAUCCCAUGAACUAAUAGUCGACGAGGAUUUGCUCAAGGAGAUAGUGAUUUUACUGGUGAAAAAAACUAAAGGUUACACUGUUUCGGCUCUCGAAAAGCUACACUCUGAUUUAACAGAAAUAAUUUGGACAGAGCGGUUCGUCUGGGAUAGAACGCGUACGGCCGUAAAGGUCAAAGAAUAUAUUACAGGCAUUUGA